AUUGUACAGUACAAGUACAACUAGAGUAGGAUUCAGUAAUUACUGAACAGGCUUCCCGGCCGUCUCCGCUUCCCUUCCCUUCACUACCCCACAUUGAUCUAGAAUCAUCCUCUCAUCGAAAAUGAGCAUUUUGGAUAUAGGCUAUAUGUACGUGAUAGUGACGUAUAGAUAAAGAAAACAGCAAAAAACUGCCCCCAUCAAAUUAGACCUUAAAGGAUGUGGUUUAUCUCAGCCUAUACUAUAAUCCCUUUGCAGAUUAUUAUCCUCUGAGACUGUUAAUUAGUUAUUAUACACUUACUUUAUUCUUACAUAUCUCGCCAUACACGGUGUUAUUCAACUUUGUUGCGCCCAGUCCGCGGUACGGUUAUUAAACCAUGGUCGGUUUUACUUUCGCCAACACAUCCGAAAAAGUUCCGGGUGACGGCGACAUACCCGUGGAAUUCACAUUGAAAGCUUCACCAUCUACCGAUGUCUGGUCGAAGCCACCGUCAACGAACCGCUUCAAUGCGCCGAUUCUCUACAAAUCCGCCCGACUGUCGUCGUUCAAAAGGGCGCGCGUAGCCCUUACCGCCAAUUGGACACAACAAUAUGACCAAGGGGGUCUCAUUCUCGUCAUCAAAGGUCAUGGCGAUGAUCAGAAAUGGAUUAAGACGGGGAUUGAAUUCGUCGAUGAGAAACCCAACAUCAGCACGGUUGUCAAGGAUCGAUGGGCGGAUUGGAGCUUGCUGCCAGUCCCAUCUGGUGGCCCAGCAGCUACUGUGGAGAUGGUGAGGCAGCAGGAUGGUAGUCUCUGGAUCUAUCUUGUCGAGGGCAUCCAGCGCGUCCCUAUCAGAGAGGUCACCUGGGCUUUCGAAGAUGAGGGCAAUAAGGAAUGCUGGGUUGGCACGUAUGUUGCUCGACCGUCAGACAAGGGAGGGGACUUGGUGGUCGAUUUCAGACAUCUCACUGUCGACUUGGCCGAUUAGAUGAACUAAGUCUUCUAUCUCCGAUCAGGGUUCAGAGGCAAGAGCCGUUUCUGGAGAUAAAUGACCGUGAUACCUAAUAAUAUAGAGCGAUUGGAAUCAUAAAAAGGUUAUUUUACUCUUCAUUUGUUGAUUAAAUGCUUUUUUCAAUCUUCUACAUCAAGAA